AUGGCCGCUGGACUAGCUCUUCUCACCAGAGCCAUGGUAUGGCUAGGGGAGGUUGGCGACGAACUUCUUUGCUCGUGUCGUCUCUACAAGCACGCCAAGCCUUUCGGCCUUGUUGCCUCAGCCGUUCUUCUCCAACGUCUCAUCACAACCGGAGCCACCAUUCCAACAUCACGAAUUAGAACAAUCCAUAGCAGCCGGCCCUUGACAAUGGCAGACAUCACCACCAGCGAAGGCUGGCUCACGACUCCCGACGGCCAGAAGCUGUACACCAAGACAUGGAGUCCUCCAUCUACCGUCAAGGCACGUCUGGUCUACCUCCACGGCUUCUCGGAUCAUUGCAACGCCUACACCUAUCUAUACACCUCGCUGGCCCAACGAGGCAUCAAAGUGUACUCGUACGACCAGCGAGGAUGGGGUCGCUCAGUGCAUACUCCGAAGCAGAAAGGCCUUACUGGCCCCACUCAGCAAGUCAUGGACGACAUCACAUCUUUCAUCAAACACCUUCCGAGCAAUGAGAGCGACAUCCCCCUCUUCCUCAUGGGCCACAGCAUGGGAGGCGGCGAGACGAUAGUCUACGCUGCUACGGGACCUUCAGAGGUUGCGGGCCAGAUCAGAGGCUUCCUACUGGAAUCGCCACUCAUCAGCCUGUUCUCGAAACCGUGGAAGCCGACCGUUUUCUUUGGGAGCCUGGCAAGCAAAGUCCUGCCCCAUAUGCCUAUGCUGCAGAAGCUAGAUGCCAGCCUGAUGAGCCGCGAUCCUGAGGUAUGCAAAGCCUGGGCUGAGGACGAGCUGUGCCACGAUUACGGCACCCUAGAAGGGCUGGCCGGUAUGCUGGAGCGUGGUGCAAGUGUUGAGCAAGGCCGCACAGUCUUAGCCGAAGGUAGAGGAGACGGCGGCAAAACCCGACUAUGGAUUGGUCAUGGGACUGGAGACAAGGUCUGCGACUAUCAAGCGAGCAAGCGUUGGUUCGACAGCCUGAAGGUUGAAGACAAGCAAUUACAACCAUAUGAUGGUUGGUACCAUAGGCUCCACGAAGAGCUCGGCGAAGACAAGGAACGAUAUGCAGAUGAUGUUGCUCGAUGGAUCCUUGAGCGCAGUGGAUCCCUCGGAGAGACUGGCAAAUCAAAGCUUUGA